GUAAACACAAACACUGAUAGGUUCAUCUAGUUUCCCUGAGAUUGAACUUCUUUGACCUUUGCUCCUGAGUUGCACCCUGUUACCUAAACAAAGGUCCUUGAUUUGUGGUUGCUAUUAAAAAACUAAUUUAAAUCAAAAAAUGAUUUUCAGAAAUUAUUGGGUUAGGGUUGAGAGAGGCUUAUGUUUCAAAUGAAUUUAUUUUUUUCGCCUGGCUUUUGAAUCUUGCACUACUGAUCUCUCGUUAUAUUGAUGAAACUGCCUCAGGCUGAGGCAUCAAAUUAGGAUGCUUGCUGCAUAAAGCUUGUGUAACCAAACCAUAGGCCUCAUUUUCUAAAGGAAAACAGUGAAGUUAUUUGUGUAGUGUUGAUCUUUGCUUCUCUAAGUGACUCCCUAUUAGGCUACGCUUUGUUGACUAAAGUGCAUCAUUGGACUAAUUGCCCAUGCAGUCUCUUCAAGUUUGAGAAUUCAUGGUCUGAUGUUUGGAUGUUGCAAGCUUGCUUGGUUUACAGCAGCAUCUCUGGCUCAAAGCGCUCCACCGCCUAUUUUCAGUUCCGUGCUCGCGCUCUUGAAGCUGUUGCUAUGGUUACAAGGAGGGAACCCCAGAAUAUAAUGAAUAGUGUAGCUUCCUUACAAACAGCGAUUAUCCUGGAGGGGGGUAAGAGGGGGUGACGCUGCAGCUUCUUUUCUUUCUUUCUCGUAUGUUUAUUUUUUUCUAAUCUUGACUUAUUUCAUCUGCAAUCCACUGACGUCACUUUUCCCGCCUCUUCGCACAUGCCUUGCUGUGUUGCAUGAGAGAUUUGGGUUUCAUGCCACAGGGAAGACAAGUCAAGGUGGCCAUGAUUGUGACACUGCAGUCAGAAAGCAGCCCAGGACUUCCAAGGACAGGGCUUCUGGGCUUACAUAUACACCCAUCCACCUUUUUUCUGCUUAAUAUGACAAGAUACUGUUGCCCAUCACGUGUAACACACUACAUCACCUUUUUCUUUAAUGCUGAGUUUUUUUAAUCCCCCCCUGUCUGUGCAGUGGAGUGAGAGAAAGUCAAAAAGGACUCUUUCUUACUUAUACAUUUUACUGUACUGAGAUGUCAUGUAGUGCCGUCAGCUAUAACUUUUAUGGAUACCUGCUGCUUCUGAAAUCUGAAAUGGGGAGAACAUUAUGCCAUCAUAUAACAUGUGAAAUGAUUGAUUAGGCGCACAAGUUCUGAUUACGUCCACAUCAGAUAUGGCUGUUGAGACAACAAUUGUUUUUAUUUUUAAAUCUAUUUCAACUGGUAUUAAUUGUUCUCUUUCCUGACUGUUACUUGAAAGUGACUUGGUGACGGUUGCCAGGGGGUCAGAGCCCUUGUCUUUCCUCUACAUCGUCUCCUCUGUCCGCCGUGCCCUAUGGAGGACUAGCUGUCCACCGUCUCAUUGAAAAGGGAAGCGAAGAGCAGAACGCCAGGAGGAGCAUCUGACGCAGAUCAGCAGGGCAGGGAGGGAGCGAGUUGGAGGGGAGAGGAUGUCGUCAAACAGAAGCCAGAACCCUCAUGGACUCAAACAGAUUGGGCUGGACCAGAUCUGGGAUGACCUGCGUGCGGGCAUUCAGCAGGUCUACACUCGCCAGAGCAUGGCCAAGUCACGCUACAUGGAGCUCUACACUCAUGUGUACAAUUACUGCACCAGUGUGCACCAGUCUAACCAGGCCCGCGGGCCGGGCGUCCCACCGUCCAAGCCUUCCAAGAAGGCACCCACUCCAGGAGGAGCCCAGUUUGUGGGCCUUGAGCUCUACAAGAGACUGAAGGAGUUUCUGAAGAAUUACCUUACAAACUUGCUAAAGGAUGGAGAAGACCUGAUGGAUGAGAGUGUUCUGAAGUUUUACACACAGCAGUGGGAAGAUUACCGGUUCUCCAGUAAAGUGCUCAAUGGUAUCUGUGCCUACCUCAACCGUCACUGGGUUCGGCGCGAAUGUGAUGAGGGUCGCAAAGGCAUAUAUGAAAUUUACUCGCUCGCCUUGGUAACGUGGAGGGAAUGCCUGUUUCGGCCUCUGAAUAAGCAGGUUACAAAUGCAGUAUUGAAGCUUAUCGAGAAGGAGCGUAACGGAGAGACCAUCAACACUAGACUCAUCAGCGGAGUGGUUCAGUCUUAUGUGGAGCUGGGCCUGAAUGAAGAUGACGCCUUUGCUAAAGGGCCGACUCUGUCCGUCUAUAAGGAGUACUUUGAGACUCAGUUCCUGGCAGACACCGAGCGGUUCUACACAAGAGAAAGUACAGAGUUCCUACAACAGAACCCAGUCACUGAGUACAUGAAAAAGGCUGAAGCUCGUCUCCUGGAAGAGCAGAGGAGGGUGCAGGUCUACCUCCACGAGAGCACACAGGAUGAGCUGGCAAGGAAAUGUGAGCAGGUUCUUAUCGAGAAGCACCUAGAGAUCUUCCACACCGAGUUCCAAAACCUUCUGGACGCAGAUAAGAAUGAAGAUCUUGGUCGCAUGUACAACUUAGUAUCAAGGAUCACAGACGGUUUGGGAGAGCUCAAAAAGCUUCUGGAAACACAUAUCUACAACCAGGGCCUGGCUGCUGUCGAGAAGUGUGGGGAGGCUGCUCUCAAUGACCCUAAAAUGUACGUCCAGACUAUUUUGGAUGUCCAUAAGAAAUAUAAUGCUUUGGUGAUGUCUGCAUUUAACAAUGAUGCUGGCUUUGUUGCUGCACUGGAUAAGGCCUGUGGGCGCUUCAUCAACAAUAAUGCAGUCACCAAGAUGGUCCAGUCCUCUAGCAAAUCUCCCGAACUCCUGGCCCGAUACUGUGACUCUCUGCUUAAGAAAAGCUCCAAGAACCCAGAGGAAGCAGAGCUUGAAGACACUCUGAAUCAAGUGAUGGUGGUUUUUAAAUACAUCGAAGAUAAAGACGUGUUUCAGAAGUUUUAUGCGAAGAUGCUGGCCAAGCGACUGGUCCACCAGAACAGUGCCAGUGAUGAUGCCGAAGCCAGCAUGAUCUCAAAACUGAAGCAAGCGUGCGGUUUUGAGUACACGUCCAAGCUCCAGCGCAUGUUCCAGGACAUUGGCGUCAGUAAAGAUCUAAACGAGCAAUUCAAGAAGCACCUCACCAACUCUGAGCCUUUAGAUUUGGACUUCAGUAUCCAGGUGCUAAGCUCCGGUUCCUGGCCUUUCCAGCAGUCCUGCACUUUUGCUUUGCCUUCUGAGUUGGAGAGAAGCUACCAAAGGUUCACAGCCUUCUAUGCCAGCAGACACAGCGGCCGCAAGCUCACCUGGCUCUACCACCUGUCCAAAGGGGAGCUGGUCACCAACUGCUUCAAGAACAGAUACACACUGCAGGCCUCCACUUUUCAGAUGGCUAUCCUGCUACAGUACAACACAGAGGACGUGUACACGGUCCAACAGCUGACUGACAGCACUCAGAUCAAAAUAGAUAUUUUGGUGCAGGUCCUGCAGAUUUUACUGAAGUCUAAAUUGCUGGUGCUGGAGGAUGAGAAUGCUAAUGUGGACGAGGUUGAGUUUAAACCAGACACCCUCAUAAAGCUCUACCUGGGUUAUAAAAAUAAAAAGCUGCGAGUGAACAUCAAUGUGCCAAUGAAGACCGAGCAGAAGCAAGAACAGGAAACCACUCACAAAAACAUUGAGGAAGACAGGAAACUGUUGAUACAGGCAGCCAUAGUGCGAAUCAUGAAGAUGAGGAAGAUGCUGAAGCACCAGCAGCUAUUGGCCGAGGUCCUUAACCAGCUCUCUUCUAGAUUCAAGCCCAGAGUUCCUGUCAUCAAGAAAUGCAUUGACAUCCUCAUAGAGAAGGAAUACCUGGAGAGAGUGGACGGCGAAAAGGACACCUACAGCUACUUGGCUUAAACGUUUUCUUUUCGUUCACCCCUCCGCAUCUUCCCUGUGUCUCUCUUGCUCUCUUUUAAGUUGUCUCUUAUGUAAUAAACAUCAUUCCUUUUGACGUUCGGCCUAUGUCGUUGGGAAUGUAUGAGCGCAGAAGGGAUUUUGAAAGUCAAAGAAGGAAGACAGAGCACGAGAAUGCGCGUGUGUGUGUGUGUGUGUGUGUGUGUGUGUGUGUGUGUGUGUGUGUAAAACAUUGUAGCAGGCAUGAGCUGGACUUCCCUUUAAAGCACCAUGAGUGUCUCGGAGCGGCUCGCUUUACCUGACCUGGCUCAGGACUGACAGACUUCAUCAUUGUAAAUAAACCUGAACGGAGACCUACUACCUUAAAUCUUGUGAAAAGCAAACUAUUAUUGAAACACCCAUUCAGAAACCCUUCAUGCUAGGGGUUGCAUGCAAACUGCUGCAUCUAUUUAAAUGAAAGAAAAUCAUCCAGAAUAUCACGACAAACAGAAAAAGUAUGGCAUUAUUAGAGGAAUUAAGAAUACUGCCACAUAGUGUAGCAGUGAAGUGUUUUAAAAGAGGAAAAAGGAAAAAAAGAAGUGAUUUUUAGCUGCACAUCCCGGGAAAAAAGAACGUGUUGUUUGACCAGGUCCUCGGAUGUGUACUCGGCAUCGUUUCCUGCUAUCAGAAAAACCAUUUGUAUAGUGUGGUUCACUUUUUUAAAUGUGUGGUAAAUAAAAAUUAAAGGUUUCUGUA